CGCUCUGCUUGGAGACCGAGGCAAGCGUCGCAAAAGCGCGACGGCAGAAGGGAAGCGCUGCUGGACCAGAGUAUAAUUCAGGACGACUCACAUAUUCUUGUUGUAUGGCCCCUCUAUCAUCCAUGAUGAAUUCUUUACAAGGGCCACUCUCCCAAGAAGGAAAACUACAGGAGCGCAAAAGCGCGGACAAAGAGGAGGCUCAAACCAACGAUAAAGCGUCUGUCAAAGGAUGUAAAGGCAAAGCGCUGAGUCUGCCGUUCAGUGUGGAAUCUUUAAUAUCAGACAGAACAAGCUCACGGACUUUAUACACGUCUUCUGAAGCUGGUAUUAUAUCUCCGACAUCCGGUGCGGAUGAGCGGCUGAGGCUCUCGCCCAUGGCUCUUUACGCAGAUAGGAAGAUCCCAGUGGAGAGCGUCUCCAACCUAUCCGACUGCAAGAGAGGAGAUAUGGAAGAACUAAGUGACAAGGGACAGUCAGGCUGGUUUCAGACAACCUCGUACACUUCUCCGCCAAGGCAUUCGAGUCCACCCCCCUGUACCCUCAGAAAGCACAAGAACAACCGAAAACCGCGGACCCCGUUCACCACCUCGCAGUUGCUCGCUUUGGAGAGAAAAUUUCGUCAAAAACAGUAUCUUUCUAUCGCAGAGAGAGCGGAAUUUUCCAAUUCACUCAACCUCACAGAGACUCAAGUUAAAAUCUGGUUUCAAAACAGACGAGCGAAGGCAAAAAGACUCCAGGAGGCCGAACUAGAGAAACUGAAACUUGCAACCAAGCCGUUAUUACCUGCGUUCGCCUUUCCGUUCCCACUCGGAACACACGUUGGUUCUCCACCCCUCUACGGACCGUCCAGCUCCUUUCCCAGACCCGCCUUACCAGUCCCGGGACUUUUCGGUGGACCAGUGACCUACGGAAUGUAUUAUUUGUCUUAACCGACUGAAGCACGUCCUUCAAUUCACCGUCUGUAACUGCUGCUGUUCUGCCAGUCAAAAGACGUGUGAAAUUGCAAAUAUGUUUUCUUUAUAGAACUUCAGCAAAUGCAAGAAUUUAAAAUAAAUUAUUUUUGUAAUCUACACGGUUUAUUUCAAAACUAACAGUCCCCAAAUUUGUUUUAAAAGUGCAAUGAAUAUUCCCCUUACAGAAGACUUUAUGCUGUAGUAUACAAGUAUAGCCUACAGACACACCACUAUGUGAAUAAUUGUCUUAGUCUCAGAGAAAAUAUCUCCAAGAGAUUAUUUAAGGGCACAACCGAUCUGGAAAGUUUCUAGAGCAGCAUCAUUUGUUGGUGAUGCGAAAGAAGCCUCCUAGUCUAUGCCAGUUCCCAAAAAGCUCUUAUAGAAACGACCUUAUAAUUACUAUGUUUUUUUACUUAAAGUGCUUGUUUCGAGUGACAGCAGAAUCUUUUCGUAAAAAUAAAAGUUCUUACGUCAUUUCUACUUUCCAUUGGUCUGCCCAAAUUCGGGCCUAACUGGAUUGUAAGAGCCCUUUUUUAAAAUGAAUCCAUGUAUUUUCACUCAAACCAAAUAUUUUGUCGUGUAUUACAAAGAUUGUGCUCAGAUAUUAAAAUUUGCAAAUUCUA